AUGCCACCCCCAGCAGGUGCCCCACUGCAUCCACCUCCUGAUGGAGGAUGGGGCUGGGUAGUGGUUGGAGCAUCUUUUAUCUCCAUUGGAUUUUCAUAUGCGUUCCCCAAAGCAGUCACGGUGUUCUUCAAAGAAAUUCAGCAAAUAUUCAACGCUACCUACAGUGAGAUAGCCUGGAUAUCAUCCAUUAUGCUGGCUGUUAUGUAUGCAGGAGGUCCCAUAAGUAGUGUUCUGGUGAAUAAAUAUGGUAGCCGACCAGUAGUGAUGAUAGGAGGUUUAUUAUGCUGCUUGGGAAUGGUCACAGCCUCUUUUAGUACCAGCGUAAUAGAGCUCUACCUCACUGUGGGAUUCAUUACUGGUUUAGGUUUAGCAUUCAACCUGCAACCUGCCCUAACAAUCAUUGGCAAAUACUUCUACAAGAAACGACCCAUGGCUAAUGGCCUCGCCAUGGCAGGAAGUCCUGUUUUCUUAAGCACAUUGGCUCCUUUCAAUCAGUACCUUUUUAAUACUUUUGGUUGGAAAGGAAGUUUUUUGAUUUUAGGAGGCUUAUUGUUGAAUGCUUGUGUGGCUGGAUCGCUCAUGAGACCCGUUGAACCCAAACAAGCUACGAAGAAGUCUAAAAAUAAGAUUGGCAUAAGAGAGAAUGACCCAGAUGUGAAGAAAAGCCAUAGGAAGAAAUCAAGAUGGGAAAGAGUUAAUAAGUAUUUAGAUUUCUCCCUUUUUAAGCAUAGGGGAUUUCUGAUAUACUUAUCUGGAAAUGUCAUUAUGUUUCUAGGGUUUUUUGCCCCCAUUAUAUUCUUGGCUCCAUAUGCCAAAGACAAGGGAAUUGAUGAGUAUUCUGCAGCUUUCUUGCUGUCUGUUAUGGCUUUUGUUGAUAUGUUUGCUAGACCUUGUGGAGGAAUCAUUGCAAACUCCAAAUUUAUCCGACCCCGAAUCCAGUACUUCUUCAGUUUUGCAGUCAUGUUCAACGGAGUGUGUCAUCUCCUGUGCCCGUUGGCAGAGGACUACACAAGCCUGGUGUUGUAUGCUGUGUUUUUUGGUCUCGGAUUUGGGAGUGUUAGCAGUGUCCUCUUUGAAACGCUCAUGGACCUGGUUGGCCCUCAGAGGUUUUCCAGCGCUGUGGGACUCGUCACAGUGGUGGAGUGUUGCCCUGUUCUUCUUGGCCCUCCUCUUGCUGGUAAAUUGGUGGAUCAAACUGGACAAUAUAAAUACAUGUAUAUCGCCUGUGGAGCUAUUGUGUUCCUAUCAAGUGUGUGGCUACUUAUCGGCAAUGCUAUAAACUACAGAUUGCUUGCAAAGGAGAAGAAGCUGGAAGAAGCAAGGAAGAAGAAAAUGAGUUCGCCUGAGUCCAAAGAAUCUGAACCUUUGAACAAAUCUAAACAUCAUGAUGUCAGCAUCAAAAGUACAAGAACAGAGAAUAAUCCCUCAGAAAGAGAAACUAAUAUUUAAUAAGAAUCACAUCUCUGAUUUCAGUGUUUAUGACUUUAUUAGGAGUAUUUUUUUUUUCAAAAUAUUGGAAAGGUUUUUACUUGAAAUGAGAAGUCAUAAUUAAGGAUGGAAGUGAGAUUUUCCUCAAUGGCAAAUUUUUAUAAGUUUGUUUUUUAAAACUUCUUUGGGUAGUUAAAAUUCGAGGUUAUGCCUAUAAAGAAUCCAUGCAAUGGGUUUAUUUCCAUACAUCACUCUGGUUGUGGUGGUUAGAGUAAUUGUAGAGUCUUCCAGUGACUUCUGGUCUUGGUUAUAGAGAUCUGAAUCCCAAAUCCCUGGUUUAAAUAGCGAGAAGGAAUAUAUUUAAUCAAAUAAGAAUACCCUGUCUAGAUUUUAGUUUUCAGUGUUAGAUGGAAUUGAAGGAAAAUGAAUUUUCUUCUAAUGUGCACAUGCACACACACACACACACACUCACCUGUAUUUACACACAUGCACACAGAGUAUCUAGAGGACAAAAGACAAAUAAGUUCAGAAAGAAUAUUAUCACUAUACUUUUUUUUUAACUUUAAAAACAAAUCCGUGGAGAGUGAAGAAAUGUAUUAGGUCUGCAUACUACUUUGUAGUGUAGAUUUUAAAUAUAAGAACAUGGGUGAAAUGAAGAUGAUCUUAAUUUGAAAAUGCAAUUAACUGCUGUAAAAAAUAAAAGUAUUUGCAUAUAUAAAAUAAAUUUGAAAAAAAACAACCCUCCAUUUUAAACCAUUUUUUCUGAGUACUGUUAAAUUUGAUGAAUCCAUGCAUGUAGUUUCUUUGAGGAUGGCCAUUAGUACUUGGUGCUAGAGAAUAGAACCCUCAAACAAUUUUCAGAAUUCUUACUUAAUAUAUAAAUCAAAUUAAAAGCCUAAAUGAUUCUUAGCAAUGAGCUACGUUCAUUAAUUUUAAAAGGAUUUUAGUUGCUAAGCCAGAAAGUAAUAAGCAGGGAUUUCUUUUAAUCAGAACUCAAUCCAGGCUCCCUGUCAUAGACUUCAGAAUGGAAUCUACCAGAAACCUGGUUGACAGACUGACAAAUAGGCCAAAUUCUAAUUUUUCCCGGUCACGUAGCAGUGAUCAGAGAGUUACUGUUAUGAGUGACCCAUCUGAAUAAAGCUAAGAGUGAGAGGUGCUUCUACUGAGGCCUCCAAGUUCUCCCAUUUUUAUCCCCUCGCCAAAAUGCAAAAGCGAAACAGAGAAACCCAAAUGGGCCUUUGACUCCACCACUGAGAUUCCUCACGUUGUGAGAAUGGCAGCUCUUCAAAAUCCCACCUACUCCCAGUCAGACUUCCUGCUGCCAGUGAACAUGACUAGGAGACUGUUAAAGGUUUCUAGAACUGGAAGCUGUAUGUUAGUUGGCAUAUACUUGUGAAGGGUAGGCAUAGUUUAUCAUACGAUAGUAAGAAGCUUGCAGCAUUGUGGGCUGGGUUAAUAUAGCGGUUUCUCAUUUUCAUAGCGAUGUUAAAACAUCUGAGAAUCUGAAUCACCCUUGAGUAUGGAAGCAUAUGACAGUUACUGUGCGCUCAGAACUAUAAAUACAAUUUAGAGUAAUAAAGUACUUCUAAACAAGGAAGAAUUUGUGCCUUAUGGCUAAUGCGAUAAGUAUUUAUAUUAAUAAAUCUAAAGUUUAAGCAUAUGAUUAAUAAAAAACAUUUAGUGCUUGAUUAUUGAAGUGAUGUUACUAUUAAGAUGUCAAAAUGAAUUUGCCGUUUUUUUUUUUUUUUUUUAAUUGCUGUAGAGGCAGGUGCUAUUCUUGUUUCUUAGAAGAGUGCACCUGGACACCAAGCUUUUGUGAUAGUUAAUGUUAGGGAUUUGAUUUGUAAAAUUUAUGCACUGGUUAAGCAUGGGGCUCAUAUUUAGGAAGCUAUAGAAAAUUCCACAUCUCAUUUAUCUUUUUUGCAGAUGAAGAGGUAUUUGUAUUUUUUAAAUAUUAAAUAAAACAACUUGUGCCAAUAUGAUAGGUAGAUAAAUCAGGCAAAAUGUGGCAGUGUUUGGCUGUCUUUAAUUUAGUUUUGCCCAGUCUUGAGUCUUGAAUGAGCUGUUUUCAUUUUAUUAGUGCUUUUGUAUUCAACUCUGAUUCAUCGUAAGAAAUGCAACAUGAUAAAUUGUGUAGUGGCUGUCCAAUAUUAAAGAUUUCCAAAAACUGUCUUCAGAUUCUCUGAGGAUACCUAUUUAAAUUAAUACAGAUAUAAUAUCCCAGGGGGAAAUACACAGCAAAGUAUUGAUAGUGGGGUUUUGUGCCUACGGCCUUAUGGUCCUUUUUGUCACUUGCUGGUACAGAUAAGCUGGUGGGUGCAUUCCAGUGCCUUCCUCCAUGGAAGGGGGUUUAUUCACUUACUGAUGAGGUUUUUGUCAGGUCAAAACCGAUUCGAAUUUGUUGUGUUGGUCUUUGGUCAUCCUCAUUAAAUUUUCAUUCCUAACACUGUAUAUUAGAUUGUUAAAAAAGAAUGGGAAGUAAAAUUGCACAAAGCACAUGAUAUGUAUGUAGCCAUACCCAGCAGUAGCAUUACACAACGUUACAAAAUGUACAGAUAUUAAUUCCCAUACGUACAUGUUGGAAAUUAGAUCAGAACACACCUGAAACACUGACACAGACUCACGUACAGGAUUGAGAAUUGUUCCAGGGUAAAGUAAUCUUCUAGUCAUUCACUCUCCACUCUCUUGAACUUGUUAGAAUACCUGUUGCUUUAAGAGAAUCUUUGGAGACUGAGCAGAAGGUACCAACCUAGAAAUUCACAUAGUUGUGUAACUAGAGGAAGCAGUAUAGUUGGCCUCUGAGUCUGCAGCAAUUUGCGUAUUUCCUCCCCUAGGGAAUGAUGGGUUUUAGAUGUUCAAGGUGUCAUGAAGCAAAUUCAGAAUAUACAUCAUUAAAUUUCCUUUUAGUCUCAUUCUGUCACUGAGGAAUUGUGCAGAAGGGAGGUUAUAAACCAAGGUGCCAAAAUAAUUAAUGAUCACUGGAUACUUUUAGGUAUUUUUUUACUUGUGAUAACUGAGCAGCCCAUGUCUUUCACAAUUUAACCUUAAAUAUGCCUUCACUAAUUUAUGAAUCGAAUAUUGGGUUUAGGCUUGUCCUGACCUAUCCCUACUCUCUUUCCUUUUCUGGGUCAGUAUCUAGUGUAUUUCACAUUGGAAGACCUGAUGUUUUCUCAAUGUAAAUUCACAAGGCUCAUGAGUUUCACUUCUUUAGUAUCAAGUUCCAACCACCCUAUCUCAUGACCCAUCCCCUGAAACUAGAAAAUAAAUAAAAUAAUUGUCUGAUAUAUUUAAAUGUGCACUUUCAACAUCUAGGCACGUUUUUUCACUCCUCCUUCUGUGGCUGUACAUGACAAAUGAGGAUACAGGAAAAAGACUUCAAGAUAUAUGAUAUAAAUGGAAGUUUUUAUAUUGAUGUCAUAAAACGUAGAGAUAUCCCUAAUCACUUAAUUCAAAAUAAUUUUCCAUCCAAAAGGACCUUUUAAAAAAAGGCCCUCUCAAAUGUAUAAUGUUGCACACUUUUAAUAAAACAAUUAAAAAUCGUGAUCAUUAGGAUGCAUUUAACAGGGAGAAAGGAUAGGAAGUGAAAAGAGAAGUAAUAUUUAUAGCAUGCAUUUUGGCUACAUAAUACCUUUUAAUAUUCAAACCAAAUUAUAAGUAGAGGCUAUUGGCCUGAUAUAAUAGAUGAGAGAAACAAAACCAAAAAAUCAGACACACAAAGUUCAGCUAAUUACCCAAAGUUGAAAAGUAGUAUGUGACAGAAAUAGAACUAAAACUCAGGUUUAUCUGAGAGCAGAAAGAGCCCCUAGGGUGUUCACUACCAUGCUUUCUUCCAAUAGAAUCUAUAGAAGCAAAGGUAGAUAAAAUAUAAGAAAUUUAAAACCUAUAUGGUAAACUAGUUAGGUUUAACUGUAAUUUGUAAUCUGAUUUAUUUAGUGUUCAUUAGAGACUGUUUGCCAUAAACUGAAUAUAUAAUUUCAAGUUGCUUGCUUUUCUAGCCCAUGAAAAUUAUCCCAAAUAAUGGUAAUGAUUGUAUAAUAACCCUAAUUGUUUUAAUACAGCUUUUUUUUUCAUAAAAAUAAUGACAUUUAUAUGACUCAGGCAUAAUAUAUUUUCCCUGAGGUUGGAUUUAGAAGGAAAAUGUUAUUUUCUUUAUGGAUAAAUAAUUCCCAUAUUAGUUGCUACUUAUUAUGACUCAAAAAUAAAAAGUACCUUAUACAAAUCAUAUUCAGAGAUACAGAGAUUCCCAUUUAUAGGAUCAUCCCAAGCUAUCAAAGAAAUUUAGAAAGAUUGUAAGAUAUAAUUGACUUGAUUUAUCUAUAAAGUAUUUAUUUUCCUCAUUGAAUGCAACUGCCCCUUAAAGCCCUAACUCAUUUUUCAAGUUUCCUUGAGCAUCUGUAAUUGCCAUUCUCCAUUCUGUCCAUUUGUUCUUUGGACAGAAAAGUGUCAUUGCUUUUGUCCUUUCCCUCUAGACUUUUGGCAUCCAUAGGAUAUUGUUCUCAAAAUAUAUAUAUAUACAUAUAUAUGUAUAUAUAUACAUAUGUAUAUAUGUAUGUAUAUAUAUAUAUAUAGUUCUCCUUAGCAUUGUCUCAGAUAGUACACUUCUAGUGUCUUACAUCUUUCACAAAACCACACAUGCUGUAUCUGGUCUUCUUUAUUUGUGAUUUGUAGGAAUGGCCAUAUUCCUGGAGCCAGCAGUAUAUAUUUUUGACCAUGACCUCUCAUCUUCACAAAUAAGAGAACUUGUGUGACUAUAGGCUUGAGGUAUCCUGCAUAAGGAACGUGCUUAUAUUCUAGAAGACAUUUUGUUAAUGAGUCUUCCUUAUGCAUGAUAGAUAUAUAAAUGAAUAUGGUUUUUGGGAAUCUAGAAAAAUCGAUCUUCCUGUCUUUGACACUCACUAUCUUGGAUGUUUCUAAUUUUCUUAAAGCCCCUCACAACUUUGAGAAACAAAGCUUAACACCCCAUCACAGCACCAUUACAUAUCAUCCUAUACGCAGUUUUAAUGUAACGACAUCCCCGACACAUCAUACCAAGUAGAUUCCCUACCAAAACACUUCACAG